GCUUCCUUUCCCCCUCUCACCCAAACACGUAGCUUUGACAAAAUGGCGCCGUCCCGCAGGUGUUCUCUGCUCAAUCUUUAGAGAAUCGGUUGCGAAUUUGGAAAAACAAUGGCAGAAGAAGGAACCAGCAUUUCUCCUGGAGACCUUCAAAAAAAAAUUAAUGAGACAUCCACGCCGGAGGAAAAUGAGGAUUCCUGCAUCUCAGAUGAAACUCAGGUGAAUGGAAAUGAGCUUGAGGCUGAUGUGUAUCGCUAUAUUAAAGAUGAUCUUUUUACAUCUGAGAUUUACAAGAUUGAAAUACAGAACCUCCCAAAAUUUGUAAGUUUCAGUGAUUUAAGAAAAUUUCUCAGCAGGAAUAACUUAGUUCCUCACAAAAUCAAACUCUUUGGAAAGCGGCCUUUUGCAUUUGUGACUUUUAAAGAGGAGCAAGAACGCGAUCGAGCAAUGGAGGUCCUUCAGGGACAAGUUUGGAAAAAUAGGAAUUUGCAUGUCCGAUUAGCAAAACCAAAAGCUGAUCCUAUUGCCAAGAAACGAAAGCAGGAAGGCAUUGAGAAUGAUAAUCAUGAACAAAAACGUACUGCUCCAGUGGAUGUUUUGGACAGACCUUUAAGUGAACAAAUUGCUGAUGUGGUGACACCCCUUUGGAACAUUCCAUAUGAAGAACAGCUGAAAAAGAAAGAGCAAAAUGUCUUACAAGUGUUGGCAUUGUUAACUACAGAAAUAGGCACUCAUAAUCGAGCCUUUGUGCCAUGGGUAUUUCAACAGAAAAAGAUGUUUGGUGGAACCUGUUGUCCAUUGGAGGGAGUGAAGCCGUCACCACUGCAGACUGAAUACCGUAACAAGUGCGAAUUUCUAAUUGGCGUUGGAGCAAAUGGAGAAGAUAAAACUAUAGGAUGUCGUUUGGGUAAAUACAAGGGAGGAUCGUGUGCAGUUGUAGAACCAUUUGAUACUGUUCAUAUUCCAGCCAAAGCAAAGGAGGUUGUGAAGGCAUUUCAGAACUACAUAAGGUUAUCUCCUUAUUCUGUGUAUUGCCCAGAAACGUAUGAAGGUCACUGGAAGCAGUUGACUGUACGCAUUACUAGAGCCAAGCAUAUCAUGGCUAUAAUCUACUUCAAUCCUCAGAAACUAACUAAACCAAAACUACAAGAACUGCAAGGUGAAUUAGCCAAAUAUUUCACAGAAGGCGAUGGGAAGGAUUGUGGAGUAACCUCGCUCUAUUUUGCUGAAGAAGGUCAAAGAAAAUCUCCCAACUUGGAAGACUUGCCUUUGGACCAUGUGACUGGAGAGAAGUACAUAUACGAAGAGCUCCUUGGACUUAAAUUCAGGAUUUCUCCUCAUGCAUUUUUUCAGGUGAACACUCAGGCUGCCGAAGUACUUUAUUCAGCAGUUGGAGACUGGGCCAAUCUGGACCAAGAUAGUGUAGUGUUGGAUGUUUGCUGUGGCACUGGCACUAUUGGGCUUUCCCUUGCAAAGAGAGUGAAGAAAGUUAUUGGAAUUGAAAUGUGCCAGGAAGCUAUUGAAGACGCUAAAGUGAAUGCAGAGUUAAAUGGUCUGUCCAACGUGGAAUUCUUGUGUGGAAAAGCUGAAGAUCUCUUUCCCACUGUAAUCAAUUCUUUAACAUCACAGAACUUAGUUGCUGUUGUAGACCCACCUCGGGCAGGACUUCAUUCCCGAGUUGUAUUAGCAAUAAGAAGAGCAGAGCAUCUGAAAAGUCUGAUCUAUGUUGCUUGUAAUGCUCGAGCAGCUAUGAACAAUUUUGUGGACCUUUGUCGUGCCCCAUCUCAUCGAGUGAAGGGAUCUCCAUUUCGUCCAGUUAAAGCUAUGGCUGUCGAUCUCUUCCCACAUACAAUGUACUAUGAACUGUUAAUAUUGUUUCAGAGAGUGGAGUAAGCUCAGAUUCUUCAAAGAUUGAACCGUUAGGAACACAGCUGGGACUAAACUUAUUACAGAUAUUAUGGAAAACAAAUAUUGGGAUUAACCAGAAAUGCUACCUUGAGCUAGUUCAGCAUGUAACUAUUAUUUGUGUAUGAUGUUGGCAUACAGUUUUUCUUUCUGCAUAGUGUUUGUAAUUUGUGUUUUAACCAAGUCAGCAUUAUAAUGACCUUUAAUGAGCAAAAUUAAGAGUUUGAUUUGAAUAGUACCA